GAGGUCCCGCACCGACGGGAGAACGUAUUUACCGGGCAGUCAAAGAUCUAUUCCUACAUGAGCCCGAACAAAUGCUCUGGAAUGCGUUUCCCCCUUCAGGAAGAGAACUCAGUUACACAUCACGAAGUCAAAUGCCAGGGGAAACCAUUAGCCGGAAUCUACAGGAAACGAGAAGAGAAAAGAAAUGCUGGGAACGCAGUACGGAGCGCCAUGAAGUCCGAGGAACAGAAGAUCAAAGACGCCAGGAGAAGUCCCCUGGUACCUUUUCCAAACCAAAAAUCUGAAGCAGCAGAACCUCCAAAAACUCCACCCUCAUCUUGUGAUUCCACCAAUGCAGCCAUCGCCAAGCAAGCCCUGAAAAAGCCCAUCAAGGGCAAACAGGCCCCCCGAAAAAAAGCUCAAGGAAAUACGCAACAGAAUCGCAAACUUACGGAUUUCUACCCUGUCCGAAGGAGCUCCAGGAAGAGCAAAGCCGAGCUGCAGUCUGAAGAAAGGAAAAGAAUAGAUGAAUUGAUUGAAAGUGGGAAGGAAGAAGGAAUGAAGAUUGACCUCAUCGAUGGCAAAGGCAGGGGUGUGAUUGCCACCAAGCAGUUCUCCCGGGGUGACUUUGUGGUGGAAUACCACGGGGACCUCAUCGAGAUCACCGACGCCAAGAAACGGGAGGCUCUGUACGCACAGGACCCUUCCACGGGCUGCUACAUGUACUAUUUUCAGUAUCUGAGCAAAACCUACUGCGUGGAUGCAACUAGAGAGACAAAUCGCCUAGGAAGACCGAUCAAUCACAGCAAAUGUGGGAACUGCCAAACCAAACUGCAGGACAUCGACGGCGUACCUCACCUCAUCCUCAUCGCCUCCCGAGACAUUGCGGCUGGGGAGGAGCUCCUGUAUGACUAUGGGGACCGCAGCAAGGCUUCCAUUGAAGCCCACCAGUGGCUGAAGCAUUAA